UUUCCACGUUCGUGCAGUGACACGACACGCUGAACGCCGAUGGCGCCAAGGCAACUCAGCCCACAAGCCACUCCUGUUGCAUCUUUCAAGUGCAGAUAUACGUUGCUUCCUAGCUAGCCAACACCAUGAGCUCACCAGAAGGACCCAACAAAGCUGUACAAUCAGACCAGGGCCCUCCAGCCAAGGAUGGAAUGCAGAGCUGAAGUGGCGUGGUGAUCCUGACAAGACCUACAGUGACUGGAAGAUUGAAGUUUUUGUAUCCAAUGAAGCGGAGAUGGAUGGAGUUGACUCAAAGGUGGACACAUACCAUGUCCACAAAGUGAACCUUGCCUGUGGGAUACGAAAGAGUGAAUAUUUUGAUCGACUCUUCCAGAAUGAUGACAAAUUUCCAGAGGGACUACAAUCGACUAGCUGCAUUGAACUGCACUCACUGGCAGCCAAGGCAUUUACUGACAUGCUUGACUACUUGUAUGACCACAGCAAGGAAGUGAACAUCAGUGUACAAACAGCUGCAUCUCUGUAUUAUCUUGGGGAGUACUUUGAAAUCCACCAACUGCAAUGUGAUGCUCUGGACUUCAUCAAGAAAGUUCCUCUAAACACAUGCCACAUCAUUGUUCAACAUGCCAUGAUAUUCCACAAUGAUACAAUUAUUCAAGCUGUUGGGGAGGCUUUGAGUAAGGCAAUUUGGGAAAUUUGUGAAGAUGAUGACAUUGUGUACAAUCUCUUCUGCCCCCAACUGUGGCUGCACAUCUCAAGCAAUAUGGAUAUGGGAGAUGAGAAUGCUGGGCAGCAGUUUAGCUCCCUCAUAGCUGACUUUGUCAACUGUCGCCAAGAAUCCUUGGACACUGCCACAUUCAGAGAGCUUACCAGUGAGAAAAACAUGCCCUUCCUUGAUGACCGCUCGAGUCUGCUCUACUUGGAGCUGGAAAAAUCCAUUCACCAGCAGGAUGGCAAAGAAGUUGUUGCUGAAGGGACUAUGUUGGGUAAGCGUUGUGUCAAGGCUAUUGCUGCAGGUGGCUACCAUUUUGACUCCUUGGAUGACAAGGAGCCUUGUGGAGAAUACUCUAUGCACACCCUGACAUGCUAAAGGAAGUCUUCAUCGAAAACAACAAGAAUUUCCGUGCGAGAUGGAACUUAGCAAGCGCAAGCAGGAACUGAAACAUCCUAAGUGAGACCCCAGCAAGCAAAGAAGUUAAGCGGCAAGUGCACAUGCUGACGACAGAGUCAAGUAUGAUGAAGUAUGAGGACGCAUGAGGAAGACGAGUACCAUGACCUGGCUAAUCCAGGAGAGAUGGUUCGAGAUGGUUUGAGAAAAGUACCGGUAGAUAUAUGGCUAUCUGGGCUACUAUUGCUAGCUAAUGUUGUCGUGCUGACCGUAGUGAUCUUCCAUCAUGAAUGCUCUCCAUGUUGUAUCCUCCUUGCCUCAGCUUUUGUAUCAAAAUGCUCUCCAUCUCUCGAGCCUCGGAUUUUCCACCUGAAACGGGAAACGCAAUGGCAUGUGCCCUCUUCCAUGCCCCACUUUUCCUUCGGUGUUGUUUCAGACGUUGUUGAACGGAAUCUGUCUCGCCAACGUAAUAGGAAGGGCGCCCUCCGUUUGCGAGCUGCAGGACGUACACACAGGAGUGACCUUCCAGGGCGGCUGGAGGAUUCCAACCAGGUCGAAUAGACACAGGUGCCUGACCACUCGUUUGAGCGACAAGAUCGCGAACUUCACUCAUGUCGUGAUGUUCUUCUGGGUCGGGCU